CCAUAGACGAACGCCACGUAUUUUGUUAUGCGCUAACCGUGUCGCCGCGUACCGGCGAGUGGAUAACGCAGAGAGUUGCUAUUUCGUUCCCUAUCGGGGACAGGGAUUUCCAUUACGCUGAGGAGUUACAUCGACGAUGUCUCGCGUUCCCGCGGGCGCGCUAAUCUGCGCUCUCGCGCUCUACCUGGGUGGCUGCUCCGCGGCCGCCGACCUCGUUAACCCGGAUCUGGUCGUCAGGAACGUCGAGCGGCACAUCGACCUACAGUCCCAGCUGACCAAGAUCACCACGCGGGUGGUGCUGGACAACAGCGGUAAGGACCGGGGCGUUUCGAAUUUUCACUUCUGCCUGGACGACGCGCAGACCCGGUCUGUCAGUUACGUGGCGGCGCAUGUCGAGCCCGGCAAGUUGGGCCUGAAGGUGACGGAGGCCAAGGUGGCGGCGCACCCCAAUCGAGUCUUCUACUCCGUCGAUCUCGGCAACCAUCUCGCGCCCCGUCGCACCCUCACCAUCGAACUUGAGACGAUAUUCACGCACGAGCUGAUGCCGCAUCCCAAGCAGAUCACCCAACAGGAGAAGCAGCUGGUCAGGUAUACGGGGAACUUGUAUGCCUGCUUGCCGUACAGCGUCGCCAAGCAAACCACCUAUGUCGCUUUGCCUACCCGCAACCUCGAGAGUUACACCAAGAUCAAACCGGUCUCGCAGACCGGCUCGAUGCUAGCGUAUGGACCGUAUGAGGCGCAGCCGGCGUUCGCCUAUGAGGAGAUGGUGGUGCACUUUGAGAACAACAACAAGUUUCUCACCGUGACCAGUCUCGAGCGGGUACUUGAGAUCUCUCACUGGGGCAACAUCGCCGUUGAGGAGCACAUCGAUCUUCUGCACACUGGGGCGCUGCUGAAGGGCUCGUUCUCGCGCUACGAGUACGCGCGCGAGUCCAAGUCGGGACAGGCGAGCAUCCAGAGCUUCGACACCAUCCUGCCGGCGGCGGCCUCCGAUAUCUACUACCGCGACGAGAUCGGCAACAUCUCCACGUCGCACACCCGCGUCAAGAAGGACUCGGUGGAGCUGAACCUGCGACCGAGGUUUCCGCUGUUCGGCGGCUGGAAAACUCGCUACACGAUCGGGUACAACGUACCUAGCUACGAGUACCUCUUCCACUCCGGGGACGAGUUCGCCCUGGAGAUGAGACUGUUGGAUCACAUCUUCGACGACAUGAUCGUGGACGAGAUGGUGUUGAAGAUCAUUCUGCCGGAGGGCGCAAGGAACAUCAAGCUCGAGCUGCCAUAUCCUGCGACCCGGCUACCGGACUCCCUGCACUACACGUAUCUGGAUGUCACCGGGCGCCCGAUCAUCUCCGUGACUAAGAGGAAUCUCGUGGAGAAUCACAUCCAGAGCUUCCGCCUGAGAUACACGUUCCCGCGUCUGCUGAUGCUGCAGGAGCCACUGAUGAUCGUGGUCGCACUCUGGCUGAUGUUCCUCGCGGUGAUAGUGUACGUAAGAUGCGACUUCUCCAUCGACAAGGACGAGGCGUCGGAGAGCAAGCUGAGGAUCGCCGGGCAGUGUGAGAAGGUGCUCGCCAUUCAGGACCGCAGAACCGCGACCUACUGCAAUCUCGAGGAGCAGCUGUCGUACCUGAAGCAGUCCAAGGACACGAAUGGCUUCCUGUCCGCGAUAAAGAGCAUUAAUCAGGAUUACAAGACGGCAAACAACUCGAUGAACGAGAUCGCGCAGAAGAUAAAGAGCGAAUCCGGCGACGUGUACGAUCGCAUCCAGGAGCUACAGAAGUGCGAUCGUUACCUCAAGGAGGUGUACGGUCAGCUACAGUCGUUGUACUUGGAGAAACUGAUCCCGGGCAAGAUCAGCCGCCAGCAGUUCAUCGACAUGGAGAUGACGAUCUCGAGGAAGAAGGAGGACUGCAUCGAGAAGAUAAACACGAUCGUCAAGUCGCUCCGGUAAUCGCUCCGGUCGCAUGGAUGAAACUUAGAAUUUUCGAGAGCAACGACGGGUGUGCAUUUGCAAUAUACAGUAACAAACCUCGCAACCUGUUGAUAUAUUUCGCGAGUAUGAACAAAGGAUUCCAUACUUUCAUAAGCGUGCAGCGAGUCAUAAAGAAUUUCUUAUAUCUGCAUAUAGAUUAAGAUUUAUAAAUUAAGAUUUAUAAUAAAUAUAUAUAUAUAUAGAGAAAAAAAAUAUAUAUAUAUAAACGAAAACGUUUUCGUUAUAUUCUCUCUCUCUCUCUCUCUAUCUAUCUAUCUAUCUAUCUAUCUAUCUAUCUAUCUAUCUAUCUAUCUAUCUGUCUAUCUAUCUAUCUAUCUAUCUAUCUCCUCUCUCUGUUAUAUCUUCACAAGCGUUGUCUAAUCUGAAUAAAAAUUUGUGAAAGAGAAGCGAUAUUAUCCUAUAUCUGUAACAUUUUUUACAAAAAUAUGUAAAUAAUAUAUAGGUUUACAUGAAGUCAAGUACAGUUAAUUAAAUUCUCACAAAGCUUGAAGAACAUUUCCAGUUGCAACUUGCAACGAAUCUAGUAAUUACAGUUUAUAUAUUACAGAAUUAAAUACAGUAAUACAGAAUUUAAAAAAAAACAAA